GACUGGUAUUUCUUCCCUUAAAGGCAGAAACAAGAAAAGAACUUGUACUGAGAGCAAACCAAACCGAGAGGCCUUUCACUGCAAGGAUGUUUGCCAGGAUGGCAGAUCUCCAUGUUCUGCUGUUAAUUGCCCUGGUGGGAAAGUCAGCCAUCGGGUUCUCCCUGAGACCUUUCAUCGACCCCCCGGACCCAGAUUGGACUCCAGAAUAUUAUUACAGCUAUGAGAAUUCCAAUCCAGAUGAAGGCACCAGUGUUAAGCCAACCUCUCCCGAGAACCCUGACUGGUACUAUGAGGAUGAUGAUCCAUGCCAAUCCAACCCCUGUGAACAUGGUGGGGACUGUAUCAUCAGAGGGGACAACUUCAGUUGCAACUGCCCAGCCCCCUUCUCAGGGAGCAGGUGCCAGACCGUUAAAAACAAGUGCAAGGAGAACCCAUGCGUCCAUGGAGAAUGCCUCAUUACUCAGCAGCCUCCCUACUACCGCUGUGCCUGCAAGUACCCUUACACGGGGCCAGAUUGCUCCAGAGUACUUUCAGCAUGCAAGCUGAAUCCCUGCCAGAAUGGUGGUACCUGCUCCCGGCACAGACGAAGGUCCAGGUUCCGCUGUGCUUGUCCUGACCAGUACAGGGGGAGAUUCUGCGAAAUAGGUCCGGAUGACUGCUAUGUCAGUGAUGGCUACUCUUACCGAGGCAAAGUGAGUAGGACGGUCAACCAGAACCCAUGCCUUUACUGGAAUUCCCACCUCCUCUUGCAGGAGAAUUACAACAUGUUUAUGGAGGGAGCUGAGACCCAUGGGAUUGGGGAUCAUAACUUCUGCAGAAACCCAGAUGGAGACCACAAGCCCUGGUGUUUCAUUAAAGUUGACAGUGAAAAGGUAAAAUGGGAAUACUGUGAUGUCACAGCCUGCCCAGAUCCAGAUAUUACUGACCCAGAAGGAAGCCUUCCGGAGCCUGUGGUGGAACUGCCAGGGUUUGACUCCUGCGGGAAGACUGAGAUAGCUGAGCGCAAGGUUAAACGCAUCUAUGGAGGCUUUAAGAGCACAGUGGGCAAACACCCAUGGCAGGUGUCCCUGCAGACCUCGCUGGCACUGACCACCUCCAUGCCCCAAGGCCACUUCUGUGGGGGCACACUGAUCCACCCCUGCUGGGUGCUCACUGCAGCCCAUUGUACCGACAUAAAUGCUAAGCAUAUAAAAGUCGUGCUAGGGGACCAGGACCUGAAGAAGACAGAAUUUCAUGAGCAGACUUUCAGGGUAGAGAAGAUCCUGAAGCACAGCUGGUAUAACGAACAAGAUGAGGUUCCCCACAACGAUAUUGCAUUGCUCAAGUUAAAGCCAGUGGAUGGUCACUGUGCACUGGAAUCCAAAUAUGUGAAGACCAUAUGUUUGCCCAGUGAACCCUUUCCCUCUGGGACUGAGUGCCACAUCUCCGGCUGGGGUGUGACAGAAACAGGAGAAGGGUCCCGCCAGCUCCUGGAUGCUAAAGUCAAGCUCAUUGCUAACAGUUUGUGCAACUCCCGCCGACUCUAUGACCACAUGAUUGAUGAAAAAAUGAUUUGUGCAGGAAACCUACAGAAACCUGGGCCGGACACCUGUCAGGGUGACUCUGGGGGCCCUCUAACCUGUGAGAAGGAUGGUAUUUACUACGUCUAUGGGAUUGUAAGCUGGGGCCAGGAAUGUGGAAAGAAGCCAGGAGUCUAUACUCAAGUCACCAAGUUCCUGAAUUGGAUCAAAGCCACCAUGCAAAGGGAGGCUGGCUUCUGAGGUGCUGUCUUCUGAGUCUCAGAGCCCCUUCAUCCUCAAAACUGGGAACCAACAGGAAAAAUACUAGCUUUGCUUCUCUUCCAAUAAUUGUACCUCCUAGAAAUCCAGAAUUCAGAGACUGUCUCCCCUUUGGACAUCUGUAAAUGUGGGAUUGCCGGAAUGCCCAGCACCAGGGCAUGCCACCUUGACUGUUUACUCCUUGGCCCGUGCCAGCAAGGCUCUCCAUAGAACCAGCCAGUCUCAUCCAGGCAUCAGAGAGAAGAUCCAAAACACAAACGUCUCCAUUCAUUUUCAGAGUUGUUAUUUUAAUAAAGGUAGAGAUAGA